CUGCCCCCCCGCCCCGUGUCCCGGUGGGCCUGCCAUGGCCGCGCCCCGUUCCGCUGCAGACAGUCCGAGGUGGCCAUGGAUCGGAUGAAGAAGAUCAAGCGCCAGCUCUCCAUGACCCUCCGCGGGGGCCGAGGCCCAGACAAGAGCAAUGGAGCCGCCGAGCAGAUCGGCCUGGAGGAGGGCGGGGGAGGGGGCGGCCGGGACCCGGGCGAGGCCCCGCUCAGCUCGGCGCCAGUAGAGGACGGGAAGAUGGGGUCGGACGGGGAGAGCGACCAGGCCUCCGCCACCUCCUCCGACGAGGUGCAGUCGCCCGUCAGGGUGCGCAUGCGGGGCCGCCCGCCGCGCAGGAUCUCCACGGAGGACAUCAACAAGCGCCUGUCGCUGCCGGCCGACAUCCGGCUGCCCGAGGGUUACCUGGAGAAGCUCACGCUCAACAGCCCCAUUUUCGACAAACCCCUCAGCCGGCGCCUGCGCCGGGUCAGCCUGGACCUCAAGCACGCCAACAUCGUCACGCUGCAUGACAUCGUAAAUAUAAAAUUAGGAUAUUUGUCCCUGCUCAAGGACCUCAAGCACGCCAACAUCGUCACGCUGCACGACAUCAUCCACACCGACCGCUCCCUCACCCUGGUCUUCGAAUAUCUGGACAAGGACCUGAAGCAGUACCUGGACGACUGCGGCAACGUCAUCCACGCCCACAACGUCAAGCUCUUCCUGUUCCAGCUGCUCCGCGGCCUGGCCUACUGCCACCGGCUGAAGGUGCUGCACCGUGACCUCAAAGGGCACCGGGAGGACAUCCGCAGCAGACAGCAGGAACUGGGCAAUAAAAGACCCGUGCAGAUUCGGAAAACAGCUCAGAGAAGCCCAGAGAUGGGUACAGGGGAGCGGCCUGUGUAG